AUGACUGGCAUCAACACAACCUUCUUCUUCACCAUCCAUGACACCCUCCUCACAAAGGGGCUCCAAGAUACUGAAGCCCUCACCAGUGACUUGCAGCUUCUGCUGCUCCUCAACUGGUUGUGUGAGAUGCCCAAGCUUUCAACCUUGGGCCAGAAAUUCAACAUCACCAAGUUGCUCACCUCUACAAUGAUCCAUGUGCUCAUCUAUGACCUUCAUGAGGUACUGCAGGAGCUUGUCCCCAUCACUGCUCAGGUGCACAUCUUCUCUUUCUUCUCCUUUGUGUGGUGUGCACACAGGGUUUGA